UUCAAAUUUGUGAACAAACAAACUCUACAUUGACCAAGCACGGUUCUUGCUGACUGAUUGCGAGUGAAACUGGGACACAAAUCAAACCCUGCAAAAUUCUCAGCUCAAGCGCAGCGCAUACUGAAGGAGGUUAGCAUGAUGGCGGACAAGAGUGAGGUUGAUGGAGGGGUAGAUGUGAAAGUACAAUCUAGUCCUUCAAUCCCCUCCGGCAGCGACAAUGUUUGGGCGGAUGUUUCGUCUCUCCUCCAGCUCGCUUGUGAUGAUCUUCGAAAUGAUGAGCUCAUAACCGGGGAGAAUUUUAAUCUCUUCUCUGCCAUGUCUGCUUUAGAGAUAAUGGACCCAAAGAUGGAUUCAGGUAUUGUUACUACUUAUUACUCUGUUGAGGAAGCCAUUGAUAAUGGUGCUGCUCCUGUUCCAUUGAGCUUCGAUAGAACAGUAGAUACUCAACGCAUUAUUGAUGUAAUGGAUCAUCUGCUAGCUUGCGAGGCGACAUGGCAUAAAGGAGGGUCAUUAGCUCAAACAGUUUUUUCUUGCAUUUACCUUUUGAGGCCUGAUAGAACAUCAUCUCAUGCUCUGCUACAUUGCUUCUGCCAAGUUAUUCGUGCGACUUGCAAUGCCGUUCUUUCAGUUGUUGCAGAUACACGCGCAAAUGAAGAAGAAGAUCUUUUCAUUAUGGCUUAUGGUCUACCACUAAAGAUUGAUGGAGAUGAAAAAUGCUUGUCGAUACUACAUGCUGUGGAAGAAACAGUUUCUAGGCAACUAAAAGCUUGUAAAGCACCAUUGUCUGGAAAGAGAGUUGCAGAAGAUGUGGAACCACUACAAUCUAAUCUGAAGUUUGAAGAAGGAUUUUGCAAAGCCAUAGUAUGCCGCUUACGCUUUCGUAAGCACUUUUACCAUGCGUUGACGUGCAUGAGGAGACCUCAAGGCAAAGGCUUAGAGCUUGCUAAGAAGCAUAUUAACUCCUGCCUAACUGAGCUUGAUGACAUGCUUAAAUCAGAAGAAUUUCUGAGGAAAACAUAUGCAUCUGAAACUUUAGAGUAUGAAGUAGAAGUUAAAACAACUGCUUCUGGCUGUCAACCCAUUGGCUUUGAUCCUACUUUAAACAGUAGAUCAGCAGCACCAACUCCACCUCGCUCAAUUAAACUACUGAGCUGGAAAAAGGCAGUUCAUUAUUUCCAGAAGCUUCUUCACGAUCUAGAAAUUGUAUGCUCGUACUCGUUGGACACUAUCCUUGAAGGUGCUUUGCGCUCUUUGGUUGACUUCCAGAAGUUUCAACCAGAUCUGGUCGCUCGAGCUUAUCUCCAGUUGCUGCUGGUACAAGAUGGGAAACUUUAUGGACGUGAAUCCGUGUUUGGUGUUGUUUGCAAAGCUGCACUACUAUCUGAUGGAGCAAAGAAUCACGACAUACAGAAGAACGAAACUGUUGCACAACUGGGGCAGUUGUUAAUCAGUUUGCUUAAACUCCUUUGCACUAAUACUGCAUGGCAACGACGUAAGCUUGGGAAGAUCUUACAGGAUUGGCGAAUAAUAUAUGUACAGCUGGAGUUGGCUUUUAGGAAUGAGUUUGGGGAUUCUACAAGCACUUCCAUUGAUCAGAACGUAUGCUCAAAGAUUUUCAAACACAUCUUUAUUUGGAUAGAGGAGCAAACAUAUUGGAUUGCUUUGCGAUUCCUCAUUCUGGGCUUUGAGUUAGAGCUAUAUUCCACCAGUGAAUAUUGCAUGGUAUACUGGUACAUUUAUGUUGUACUGAUUAAACUUGCGGAGAAAACUCAACUCAAAAUGAUGCUGGGCAAUGACUCUGCAGCUCGACGAAAGUCGAAGAAGAAGAGAGAUUUUGUGAAGGAUGUGGAAAAGGACUAUUCGAUCCCCCCUGCAGUCUUGUUACUGCAGUGCUACAUUUAUGUUGCGGAAGGUUUAAUGCUGAUGCUUGCUUCAUUAAGGAACGAAAACAAAAUCCUCUGUCAUGGUCCUUUCAACAGCGAGCAAGAGAGAUUUAUGCAACACUUUGAGCUGCUGCAGAAGGCUUGCCUUCCCGACCACGCCUCUUACUUUGCGUUCAGAGAGACGAUAUCUAAUGCUCAGCUCUCUACCCUAUCCAUGUACAACUGCUUUAAGGAAGCUCAGAGAAUUGCAAAAGAGGUACGUGGGAAUUUUGUCAACGAUCCAGACAGGUUGGCAGAGCUUCGGCGCAUUGAACUUGUUGCAGAACACAACUCAGUUGCUCUGAACCUUAUUUGCCGGUUAAGGAGUGUUGAACCAUCGCUUAAGAUAUCCUUUGAGUUUAUUCAUCAUCCACACUUUGCGGUUGCUUCUGUGAAAAGGUCUUGAUGAGCUCAAAAAUUUUGAUAACCCUUUUUUCGGUAGCAUUAGUUUUCUUUGCAUUAUCCAAUUUNAAUU